CCCACGCCUCCGUCGUCGACCUCGUCCAACAAUGGCGCCUCUCCAGAUGGCCAGCCGUUUCGCGUUGUGCGAAAGCGCAAUCGCAUUCCUUUGUCAUGUGCUCCAUGCAGACAUCGCAAGCUGAAGUGCAACAGAGGGCACCCUUGUGACAACUGCUCGAAGCGCGGUGAUACUGCAGCUUGCAGCUAUGCGACUCCAGGAAACCGGAAGAAAGGCGGCUCCAAUGGACCCAAUGCCUCUCCAGACGACAUGCAGAAUCGCAUUGAUCGCUUGGAAGGACUUGUGCUUUCGCUAAUGACUACUGGCCAGCAGCCUGCAACUACAGCCGCUGCGCAGGCAGCCAUUGCGAACAGUCGGAGCAAUAGCCUUAGCACAAGCUCAAAUCUCAGGCUUGAUGCAGGCGGUGCGGACAUGAUACGAGAGGAGGGGGAGGGUGAAGAUGAAAGCGAGGUCGAAGGCAUCUCACGAGGGAUCGGCAUCAUGAAAAUGGACAACGGAAAGGCUAUUUUUGCUUCAGACGCGCACUGGUAUGCGAUCUUGGGCGAGAUCAGCGAAGUCAAGAAGUACUUUGAAAGCCACAAGGAAGAUUAUAAGCAACACAUGGCAAAGGUGCAAGCUGCGAAAGCAGAUGAAAGUCCCGGAACUGCUUUUCUGUUACAGGGCCCACCAGCCAAGGACAAGAAUGAACUUCUUGCGGCGUAUCCAUCAAAGUCAGAUGCUGAUCGACUGAUUGCGCGAUAUUUCAAUGCGUACGACCCAUCUGUCCACAUCAUACACGGCCCGUCAUUUCAGAAGCAAUACGACAAGCAUUGGCUAAAUCCGACAGAAACUUCUGUGGUCUGGUUCGGCCUCUGCUAUGCUAUGAUGACUCUGGCAUUACAGUCGUAUCACAGAGCAGGCGAUGAGCCGCCCGAGUAUCGAGGUCGAACGUUAGAACUAUCCCACACUUAUCGCAGGCUCACCGCGCAAUGCUUGCUGUUAGGAGAUAUCACGCAGGCCAAUCCACAGACCCUGGAAACUUUAGUGCUCCACGUACAAGCAGAAUAUGGACGAAGUAGAGACGCCGAGCCUGGUGUAUUGCUACUAACAGGCUUAUGUGCUAGGCUGGCCAUGCGGAUGGGUUAUCACAGAGAUCCAGGACCACACCCUGCCAUCACACCUUUUCAAGGCGAGAUUCGGCGACGCGUUUGGACGUUCGUACGACAGUGCGAUCUAUUGAUAUCGUUCCAAUUCGGGCUUCCUGCGAUGAUCCGGACAGACCACAUUGACACGGAAACGCCUCGAAAUCUUUACGAUGACGAGUUGUAUGAAGACAUGACGAGUUUGCCCCCUUCUCGACCGACGUUUGAAGCGACGCCGAUGUCAUAUAUGAUUACCAAAGCGAAGAUGACUUUCCUCUUUGGUCAGAUCGUGGAGCGGUCGCAGUCUGUGACGAACGCGCCAUCCUAUGAGGAGACGUUGAAGUUCGAUGCAGAUCUGCGUGAGGCCAGAAGUCAGCAUCCUCCACUGCUACAGAUGCGCUCCUUCCAAGAGUCUGCUCGAGAUCCGGCAAAUCUGAUCAUGCAGCGCCUGGGUCUGGAAAUGGUGUAUCUGCGCUCGCUCUUCGUCCUUCAUCGACGUUUCAUUGCACGAGGGCGGGAGAAUGCACGAUACGCGUAUUCGCGGCGGACGUGCUUGGAUGCUUCUAUGGAACUUUUAGACCAUCAAGCGACGCUGCACCGCGAAUCACAGCCGGGUGGGCGUUUGCGUUCUGUGAAGUGGUACAUCAGCUCCAUGACUACGCACGACUUCUUGCUUGCCGCGAUGCUAGUGUGCCUAGACCUCUACCACACGGCAGAGUGUGAACGCACAGGUCGAAAGAGCAGCCAGGCAGCCUCGCCUCUGGUACCUGAACUCUACGACGAAGGUCGGCGAGAGCAGAUGAUGCAGGCAGUGGAGCAUUGUAUAACGAUUUGGGAGGCCGUGCGCGAUCAGAGCAUGGAGGCUUAUAAGGGCUCAGUGGCGCUGCGAAUUAUGGUGGAGAAGCUCAAAGCGCAUCAGAGCCACCAGAGAUCAAUGCCCUCCUACGCGCAGCAGCAACAAGUGCCAGCUUACCCCAAGCGCGGGGUGAAUUUUGGCAUGUUUCCUAACGGGUCAGUCGCCGACGUGAAUACAGACGACCUCCCGCCCGAGCAGUCUGCGGCCAUGACUCUCGGCAUGCUCUCUUCCGGUGGCCUGUCGCCCGGAGGCGGAUUCGGCAUGAACAUGUCGCAAGCGAUGUCUGCACCUGCGAAUGCUUCGUAUCCAGCGAGCAUGGCAGGCCUUCUCAAUGAGCCAAUGGCUGAGCGGACUGGUCUGACACCACAACAUUCUGGCGCGGAAGCGAGCCAUUUGACGGGAGCAGCAAGUCCUAUGAUGAGCCAAAUGCUUGGACAGAAUAGUUUCAUGGGUAUGGAGGGAAUGGCAGGCGACAUUGAUUGGGGCGCUUGGGACUCUUACAUCCAGGGCACUAAUGCAGCUGGGAUGGACGCCGGUCAAAUGUGGCCGAUGAACGUC